CUUGUCUUGGUGGUUACCCAUGCGGGGCCCCUGGGACUCGACCCCUUCUUCGGGACCCGCUUGUCACCCCGAGUCGCUCGUCGCUCGUCGCGAACUUCUCUUCCCGCCCUGAGUCUUCGAGAGCCUUGGAGUUCUCGUGGCCCUCGUCGCGGCCGGCCGCGAUGCUGGCCGCGGCGGCGGCGUCCGGGCCGCGGCUGCGGCGCGUGCUGGUGGUGAGCGCUCCGGGGCUGGAGAGGUGCCUCGAGCGGGAGUUGCAGGUGCUGGGCGUACCAGGGCGGCUGGAGGCUGCGCCUGGCGGCGUCAUGGUGCACGGCACGGGCGAGUCGCUCUGGCGCGCCGUGAUGGAAAGCCGCGUCGCGGAGUCGGCGCGGGUGCUGGUCGGGGACCCGUUCCACGCGCCCACCAAGGCGGCGCUGGACGCGGGCUUGCGGCGCCUGCCGUGGGAGGACUUCCUGCCGAUCGCCCCCGCGCGGGCCGCGCAAGCGGAGGCGGCGGCGGGGGCCCGUCAGGAGCCAGUGGAGGCGGACAUCGUGGUCUCCUCCGACCGGUCCCGCCUCUACCACGAGCGCAUGGUGCGUGAGCGCGCGCUGGACGCGGUGGAGCAUCGACGCCGUGCGCUGCUCGCGGAGGCCGCGGCCGCCGCCGCCGCCGCCCCAGCGGCGCGGGGCGCUGGCGCGGCCGCUCUCGGCCCUGCGAGCGACGCGGGCUCCGGCGGCGCUGCGGCCAGCGCCGGCGGCGCUGCGGCAAGCGCAGGUGGCCCUGCCCGAGAUCUGGGAUUUGAGGGCGCCGCGGCUGGCGCCAGCGGGGCCCGCGCGCAGCCCCGGCGGCAGGCCGCGGCGACCACCGUCCGGCUGCGCCUGCGGCACGACGAGUGCCAGGUGAGCGUUGACGGCUCCGGGCCCCUGCACAUGCGGGGCUACCGGAAGGCGGGCGGCGAGGCCCCCCUGCGCGAGUCCCUGGCGGCGGCCUGCGUGAUGACGUCUCCGCUGCUGCGGCGGCUGACCGCGGCCCUGCACGGCGGGGAGGAGCUGGUGCUUUGGGACCCGUUCUGCGGCAGCGGCACCCUAGUCCUCGAGGCGCUGGCCGCCGUCCUCGGGCAGCCGCCGGGCGACCGCGGGCGGAGGUAUCCGUUCACCCGGUUCCCCUGCCACGGCGAGGAGGAGGAGGCCUACGGCGGCCUGCUGAGCUCCACCUGGCGUCCCCAUCCCGCAGCUGGCUCGCUGACGCUGCAAGGGACCGACCGCAGCCAGGAGCAGAUUGACCGGGCCACCCGGAACCUCCACCGUUUCAGGCGGCGGCUGUGGCGAUCGGACGACCCCGGCGUGGGCGCCGGUUGUGGCGACGUCGGCACCGAGGUGCCGGCGCGCAUCGCGGAUGGUGGCGCGGACUCGGAUUUCCCCUGCAGGGUCCAUUUCAGACAGGGUUCCCUGACCAAGGUGGCCAGUGAACUGGCCGGGAGACCCACCAUUACCAUGAUCCUGACCAACGUGCCUUACGGCGCCUGGUCCGGCGCCAGGGACAGCCGCAGGAGCGCGGGCCAGUCCGAGGCCGCCGAGGCCCAUGGGCAGCUCGGCAGGCUCCUGUGGCAGCAGCGGGCAGACUGGCGCGGGGUGUUCUGCCUGGUGGCCAGCGCCGAGGACUUUCGGAGGCACACCGGCCUGGAGUGGACCUCCGAGCUCCGCUUCCUCAGCGGCGCGCGCUGGCUGUGGCGGGGGCCCGCGGACCUGCUCCAGUGGACGGGGCGCCGCAGCCCGGGCGCGGGCGGCGCCGCGCCGCGGGGCGCGGGCGGCGGCGGCCGCCGGGCGGGCCGGUGA